UCUGCAGCUGCUGGGUUGGGGAGGUGACGGCGGCGCUGUCUCUGUAUUGUCGGGCGAAGGGAAACUUCACGGCGGCUACGGGUGUGGCUUCAAACGUGAUAAAUCUCCACCGUGGGGAAAGAAUGCGCUACGGUUGUACAAAUUAAGAAAAGACAGGGUCGACUAAGCCCCUCUGAGAAGUGGUGAGUGAGAGCCCGGUAGCGCUAGCAGUUUUACGCUCGGGUUUUAAACAGCUGGAGUACUUUUAAAGCUGAACUUUGGCCGUUUUAACCUGCUCUGAUGGUCCGCUGUGAGGACUAGCUAAAGGUUCACCAAGAAAAGUUACCAACGCUACUUUUUCUGCCCUCUGAUGUUGACCAACUGAGCGUUUUGGGGUAAUUUCGAACCUUUAAUUUGGAGGAGACCGUGUUCCUUUUUUUUCUUUUCUUUUUCUGUAUUUUCUCUAACGGAUGAACGGACGUCGUCACCUUUUUUUUUGGGCACAAUUGACCAUAACGGGAAGUCGUCUUGCUUUUAAGUCAGUGGAUCCGUGAAUUUUUCUAUAGAUACAUAUUUUUUUUUUCUCGGUAAAUUUUCCCACUAAGCAGCAGACCUGAAGCGAGCACUGGGAAACAUGGGUUGUACGGUUAGUCAGGAAGACAGGGAGGCGGCCGAGAAGUCUAAAAUGAUUGACAAAACUCUGAGAGAAGAUGGAGAAAAGGCGGCGAGAGAAGUGAAGCUGCUGCUGCUGGGUGCUGGAGAGUCGGGGAAGAGCACCAUUGUGAAGCAGAUGAAGAUCAUUCACGAGCAUGGUUACUCGGAGGAUGAGUGUAAGCAGUACAGAGCGGUUGUCUACAGCAACACCAUCCAGUCCAUUAUGGCCAUCAUCAAAGCAAUGGCCAACCUCAAGAUCAACUACGAGGACACCGCUAGAGCUGAUGAUGCCCACCAGCUGUUCUCACUGUCUUCAGCUGCAGAGGAGCAGGGCACCCUGCCAGAUGAGCUGGCUAAAGUCAUCCAGCGACUGUGGGACGACGGUGGCGUCCAGAGCUGCUUCACACGGGCCCGGGAGUACCAGCUCAACGACUCGGCAGCCUACUACCUGAACGACCUGGAGAGGAUAGGCAAGCCAGACUACACCCCCACACAGCAGGAUGUGCUGAGGACUCGUGUCAAGACCACCGGCAUCGUGGAAACACACUUCACCUUCAAGGAUCUGCACUUCAAGAUGUUUGAUGUAGGAGGUCAGCGGUCAGAAAGGAAGAAGUGGAUUCACUGCUUCGAGGGCGUCACGGCCAUCAUCUUCUGCGUAGCCAUGAGUGCUUAUGACCUGGUUCUGGCAGAGGAUGAGGAGAUGAACCGGAUGCACGAGAGCAUGAAGCUGUUUGACUCCAUCUGCAACAACAAGUGGUUCACGGAGACGUCCAUCAUCCUGUUCCUCAACAAGAAAGACCUGUUUGAGCAGAAGAUCGUCCACAGUCCUCUGACCAUCUGCUUCCCCGAGUACACUGGUCCUAGCAAGUACGAGGAGGCUUCGGCUUACAUCCAGAGCAAAUUCGAAGACCUGAACAAGAAGAAGGACAUAAAGGAGAUCUACACUCACUUCACCUGCGCCACCGACACCAAGAAUGUGCAGUUUGUGUUUGACGCCGUCACCGACGUCAUCAUUAAGAACAACCUGAGGGACUGCGGCCUGUUCUAGAGACGGUUCAGAGGAAAGAGGUCACGAUUACUUGAACAGUUCUGAAGACCCAUGACCAGGGGAGUAAAGACGGCAAGAACGACUGCACUGUCCGACCAUGAUUUCUGCUUUGAUCUGCUUUUUAUAAACACACCCAAGAGACUGAAAACCCAGGAGCCUCGCAGAUUUUCAACCAUCGGCGACCUCGCUGCACGAAUUAUCAACUUUCUGGGUUUUGAACACAAAAAAAAAUCAAAAAAAAAAAAAAAAGGUGAAAGGAAAAAAAAAUCUGCAUUUAUUAUUAUAUUUUUGUUCUUUUCUUUAUUUUCACUUACUGGAGGAGGGAAGGGAUACUUUUAUAUAUAAAUGCAUAAAUUUUGCUUUUAGUUUCUGGCAUCAAAAAUUAUUAAACUUUUAAUCACAUCUUUUAUUUUAACUGGUAAAUAACAGGCAUGGACAAAAAUGAUAUUAAUAAAAGGAAAAUGUUUUUAUGUUUACAUUGGUUCAUCAUGUAUGUUUCUGCGUGACUCCACAUGACCAAUCGUAGCUCUGUCAUCUGUACAAAAUAUCUAACAUUCCUACAAAAAGAUCUUAAAAAUAAAUACAUUUAAAAAGAAAAAAAAUGUCUUCAGGGGAAAAUUCUGACAGAUUAUAACGUGUAUGUGUGUGUGUGUGUGUGUGAGGCUAGCAUUCUGUCACUUUUCUGUGUCUUGGCUGUAUGUUGUGCCGUCACUUCCGUUUACAGCCCGAUCCUAGAGAGCCUCGCGUCACUGUUCUGUCCUUCUGUGUGCCGAAGUUUUCCAUCAUUUGUUCAGCCUAGAGCCUAUGAAUCUAUUAGUGAUGAUUAAUGAGAAAACAAAGAUCUUAAUUCAGAAAAAGUUAGUGUUUUUGGUAAAUAUUAAAGCUCUUUAAACGUCUUAUAUGAUUUAAUUUAAAUAAAAGUGGAAAUCAGCCUUG